AUGAACAACCAAAGUGUGAUCACUUUGAAUGUGGGAGGGCUGAAAUUCAUGACAAGGCCUUCGACACUGCAGAGGUUCCCCGAGUCUAGAUUGGCAAGGAUGCUGAAUGGAAACGACUCUGAAUUUACAUUGGUGAAUGGCCAUUUUUUUGUGGACCGUGAUGGAGUUUUGUUCAGUUAUAUUCUAGACAUUUUACGAACACUCCAGGUUUCGUUGCCCAGUGACUUCUCAGACUACCAGAGGCUGCAGCGAGAGGCUGAUUUCUAUGAACUCUACCAUGUGGCUGAUCUUCUGAAUCAAGAACAUUUGUUGAGAGCAAAGCCAGAAAUUUUGGAAAUACGGUUCUUGCUCCAAGAAACUCAGGCUUUUUUCCGCAUUUUUGGUUCUUUCAGUUUCACCAUUAGUGAACUUGCUGGGCGAAUCACUGUCUUUGAAGAGAAACUUGCAGGGACAAACUGGAAGAACCAUGAGGUACCUUCUCAGAAGUUGCUGACACCCCUGUUUCUGGAGAAGCCUUCCCAUCACGAUCUUAUUUUUCAGUGCGGCACUGAUUACAGUGAUCAGCUUGUGGCAAGGCCUUCACAUCUCUACUUGUGGUCAGAGUGGAGUGCCCAGAUGGGAAUUGUAUGUUUCUAUAAAAACCUGAUCAAAGAACUGUUCAGUGGUGCUAAUGUUCUAGGCCUGCUGAUCGACAUCUUGCACAGGAAGGAUUUAUUUAGAAGCACCAGAACCGUCUCAUCUGAAGAAAAAUUGAAUUAUUGUUUUGAAAGAAAAAGGCAGCCGAAAGCUCUUACUAUCAGUACAAGCCAAAUACAGCAACACACUACUGACACAAAGAAGGCAAUCCAGAUGCACAAAAGGAAAUAA